AGGUGGGGCGGUGCUGAUUUUGUCCACCCAACACCAUGGACCUGGAGGAUGACAAAAACUCUGUGGAUAUCCAUGACAACCCUCCAGUUCCUGACAACGUAGUGAAAGAGGACGGAGAUACUGUCUAUUUCAUAUAUGAGGAGGAGGUGGAAGUGGAGGAGAAGGAACCAGAACCAGAAGAGCCUGUUCUCCGUAUCAAUGACAAACCCCACAAAUUCAAGGACCAUUACUGCAAGAAACCCAAGUUCUGUGAUGUCUGCGCUCGCAUGAUAGUCUUGAACAACAAAUUUGCUCUGAGGUGUAAAAACUGCAAGACCAACAUCCACCAUUCAUGUCAGCACUAUGUUGAGUUCCAGAGGUGCUUUGGCAAAAUUCCGCCUGGCUUCAGAAGGGCCUACAGCUCCCCUCUGUACGGCACUGACCAACAAGACAACCCAAACCAUCAUGACCCAGUCUUUGAUACCCUGCGGGUCGGAGUCAUCAUGGCUAAUAAGGAGCGAAAAAAGAAUGAAAAUGACAAGAAAAACAUGAUGAUGAUGAUGGAGGAAGAGGAAGAGGAGAACCAGCAGCCCAAAGAGAAUGAAGAGGGAGGAGAAGGGAAGCCUGAUGAUAAGAAGGAGAAAGGAGGAGACAAAGCAGAUGACAAGAGUAAGGGCACAUUCUCACUGUCCCACUAUUACCUGGCUCUCUACCGCUUCAAAGCCAUUGAGAAAGACGAUCUCGACUUCCACCCCGGUGAUCGGAUCACGGUACUGGAUGACUCCAAUGAAGAGUGGUGGAGGGGAAAGAUGGGGGAUAAGUCAGGUUACUUCCCCACCAACUACCUCAUAAAAGUGCGUGCAUCCGAAAGAGUUUUCAAGGUGACGCGCUCUUUUGUAGGGAACAGAGAGAUGGGACAAAUCACACUGAAGAAAGAUCAGAUUGUGGUGAAGAAAGGAGAUGAGAAAGGCGGCUACUUGAAGGUCAGCACCGGACGCAAGCUGGGCUACUUCCCCGCUGAUCUGCUGGAGGAGAUCACUGUGACAUGAAAACCAUGAUCUGCAAUGAAAGGGCCAGCAACACUUUAAAUAUCAAUACAAACUGUAGAUCCUCCUGAUCUUUCAACAAUUUUCUAUAUUUGUUAUCCCCCCCCAAAAAAAAUCAAGAUUUGCUCUUAUUGGGUCUGUCACUGCAGAGGUGAAUUUGCUGUAAGUGGAGCAUAACAAAAGAGAGACUGAAAAGAAAGAAAACUGUCUCAUUAAUAUGUACAUUUGUAAGUUGUUAAGCGACAAUCAGGGGAUGUAUUGAUUUCGUUUGAGGAGAGGUAGAGAACACCUGGAGAGCCUCGUAAAAGGCUAUAAAGCAGUUUAUUAAUUGAUAUGAAGGUGACAAUUUAGAGGCUUACUAUAAUAUUUGACAAAGUAAAGAAAGUAAAUUUCUAAAUCAGUUUGGCAAUACAGCAUCUUAAAGAAGUGGAAAGGGAGAGCUCCUGUUACAUAUUACAGCAGAUCAGUUUGGCCACAAAGAAAACUCAGAUAAAUAAAUUAGCAAAUUGGAAACUGAUGGGUGUAUGAAAAAUAUGCAAGGCUACUUUAUCCUUUAUAUUAAAACUGUAGAAGCUUUGAAGUCAAGCCCUUUUAACAUGUACAUAGCUUUAUAUUAACAAAUUGCGGAGAACAUUUCAUAGGUAUGGCUUGUACAUAAUUCCACAUGCAAUCCUGAUGAACCACAAAAACAUUGUAAAAAUACAAACAAACCCUGCAAUACUUCUUACAAUUGUUUCAAAUGUUUGCACUAAUUGCUGCUGAUAAAAUUAACUGCAUGCUUGGAGCAUAAAUCUUUCUAUUAAACCUGAAGUGCACUUAAAA